AUGGCACAACGGCCAGCAUCGUUGUCUGAAGAGACACCUCUCAUUACUGCAAAUCCCCAAUAUUCACAAGAUGAAGAAACGCAAAAGGGUGUGAGCUUCUCAAGGGGAUUGCUGGUUCUUAUAUUUAUGGGCCUACUCAUUUUUAUUCAAGCUACCAACAUGUCAAUGAUGACCACGGCACAAUCCGAUAUUGCAGCUGAGUUCGAUGCAUUUGCAGAGGCAUCCUGGUUUACCUCUGCGUACUUGAUUGCUAUGUCUAGUAUCACACCAUUGGCGGGAAGAUUCUCGCAGAUAUUCACCCCACGCAUCUACGUGAUCUUCUCAACGACCGUGCUUUCAAUUGGUCUAUUCAUUAGUGCUGCUGCACCAAAUCUCCGAACCUUCCUCGUUGGACGAGCAAUCACAGGUUGCGGCAGUGGAGGGUUGAUGAGCACAUCCAUAAUCUUGGUUCUCGAAAUGGCAAGCAAGAAACGACGAGGGCUAUGCAUAGGGCUGAUCAAUUGCGGAUAUACCACCGGUGUCGCAUCAGGCGCAGUACUAGCUGGAUUGAUAACUCCCACAUUAGGCUGGCGUGUGAUAUUUUGGAUGCAGGCUCCGGUCGCUUUGCUUCUUGGGCCACUUUUGUUUUUGACAAUUCCCAAGCCAUCUGGGGAUACCGCACGGCCAUUUGAAAUGCAACAGCUGCUGCACAGUCUUGCACGCGUGGACUACGCUGGAGCAAUCACACUGACAAUAUCCGUGGUUCUCUUUCUCACAAGUCUGGCGUCUGCGGAGAUCAUCCUUUGGCCCAUAUUGGUGUCUUUGGUGUUCUUAAUUACGUUCUUAGUGGUUGAAUUUCAAUGGACCACUGAACCCAUCAUCCCAGUCAAAGUCCUAAAAGCUCGCAGUGUCCUGAUGACAUGUCUGGCAGGCCUCGGUCUGAUGAUGGCUCGGUGGUCUGUUCUAUUUUUCACUCCAGUGUAUGCCAUGGCCGUGCGAGGAUGGUCGCCGGCAUCAGCCGGACUGAUCCUAGUUCCGACGAACGUUGGCUUUGGCUUGGGAGGGCUGCUCGUGGGAUGGUUGCAUAUUCGGCAAACCGGCAGUUACUAUUGUUCCUGUCUCAUCAUCUUCGUUUGUUUCGCACUCGCAACAUUAGGACUUUCCUUCAUGUCAACAACAGAUUCGCCGGUGGUCAUCUACAUCGGCACCACGUUCCUGAACGGGCUUUUCUCCGGUGCGCUGAUGAAUUAUACACUCUCCCAUCUGCUGCAUCUCACCAACCCAGACGUGCACUACAUUAUCACAGCCCUGGUAGCAAUGUCUCGAGGCUUUGCAGGAAGCUUUGGGUCCGCUGUGGGAGGAGGGUUCUUCGCCCGAGUGCUCAAAAGUUCUCUCGAAACAGGCUUCACCUCCCACAACCUGCCACAACAACCUGAACUUGUGCGUAAGUUGCUCGGCAGUCCAACUCUCGUAACUCAUCUAGUUGGUGCAGAGCGGCUUGUAGCUAUCGAGAGCUAUACGCAUGCUGUGAGGAUGCUGUUCUUGGCAGGAAGUAUUGUGGCAUUGGGCGCAACUGUUGUUCAGGCCGGGGUUGGAUGGACUUCGGAUGUUGAUAAGAGGCAUAUGGACUGGGACAUCGAGGAUUGA